ACGCUGUAGGGUCAAAGUUGAGAAGACGUGAGGGGGAGGGGCGUUACCUGUUCAGUUCAGUGAUGGCAGAGACAUCUGAGAAGGGAUGAAGAGGCCGUUGGGACUCUGGGCGUCGCCGUUCCGCCUGCUGACACGGCGAAGCAUCUUCACCUGGGUCGGCAUUCUCACAACCAUCGCUGUCAUCUACUUCCUCUUCCAGUUUCUCUCUGCAGACAUCCUCAGCCAAGAGGUGGCCAAGAAGGCCAAGUCCAAGUUGCAGGAAGGGCUGAGCAUCAGGAAGGACAUACUGUACGAAGAUGACCUGAAAGACCACAAAGAAAAACAACAACAUGAGAUGAAAAUCCUGGUAGCCAACUUAAACUUGAUUGAAGCUAUUCCGACAAAGUAUGCAGAUUUCCUGAGAGGCGCAGGUCCGAUUGAAGCUAAGAUGUUGCUUGCAGGAAUGAAGGAGGGAUUCUUUAGUUGUUAUGGGACAGAACAUCGGAUCAACAUGACGAGGCUUAACGACGACUACUGUGACUGUCCUGAGGAUGGUGUGGACGAACCAGGGACAAACGCUUGUCCUAAAGGAAGGUUCUUCUGUCGGACAGACGGGAGGUACGUGCCGUCCAGCAGGGUGAAUGAUGGGAUAUGUGACUGCUGCGACGGGGCUGAUGAGUGGGGCGGGGUGGAGCUGUCAGAGGACGUCAAACUGCCAGAUCCAGUGAGUCAGCGGCUACACCAGGUCCCUUGUCUCAACUUUUGCAAGUCUUAGAAUCUGCCAAUGUGGGUCAUGAGAAGUGGGAGAAAAGCUGCAAUAAUAUUGGUUGUCAA